AUGAAUUCCUGGAGUAGUUGGCUUGACAAGCGUCUACGUUCGCCACGGCCCAAUCGGGCUGGUGGCGGCUACUUCCUCACCGGCACCUCACAUUGGAAUGCCGUCGAAACGACGGGCGGCGUACACUCGGCCACCGAAGAGUAUGUCAUCAAGGGCGGACGUGGCCGCAGUUCGUUGGAGGCGAUUGCACGCGCAGCUGUGGCGCCACUAACAACAAGCGCCAGCGCGGCAGCAGCUAGUACAUCUUCAACAGCCACUACCACAACAACAACCAAAAUGAUUGCACCACGCUAUCGUUUUCGCGAUUUAUUACUCGGCGAUUUCUCAUUCAACGAUGAUGGCGAGAGGAGACAUCAAGAGCACACAACUACAACAGCCACACCGGUAAACGACUCCAAUGCAGCAUUUUAUAUUAAACUCUAUGAUUUGGAGUACUUAAGAAACUUCUCGCGUUCCACAGCGAAUCCAAAUAUUUAUUCUUUCGAGCUGCUAAAACCUGUGCCUCAUUUUUUUGUUGACAUUACGCUAAAAGGCCGACGUGGCAACGCCUUCUCCUACAAUAUAACCAAUAUGAAUGGCUGUGCCUUAUUAAAAUCCAUUCCCUCAUAUAAAUGGAUUUUUCAAAUAUAUCGACAAGUUGUGGUCAAUGACAAACAAAUUGAGUGUCCACUUAAAGCUAAAGUGUAUUCUAUACGCGAAAUUAUUUUUCCAAAUCAAACGACUCCUUACUACGGUGUGGGCACUUAUAAGCUGGAAAUUAACAUUAAGCUGAAUAGGAGUAGCAAGGCGAUCAGUGGAUUAGUGUGGCAGUUUACAGUGAGGAAAUAGUUUACAUAUUUCAAAAUAAAUAAAUGAGUACCAUGAAUUCUAAAUAUGAUUUUAGAAAAAUUCUUUUGUUUUUUUCCCGGUUAGAAUUUUUCUUUUUGGACCAUAUCUCAUAUAAGUAUUAUUUAUAACCACUGA